AUGUCCUGCUCACCAGCAUCCCUCAUCCCUGACAAAUCCGACUCCAGUGACUACGGCUCUGAUUUCGCCCCGGAUGAAGAGCAGAUCCUGAGCGAGCUGCUCGCCCAAGCCGUCGCGGAAAGCGCGUCCGCCGUCGACGCCACCGCGUCGUCCACACAUCCCCCAGUAACCGAGAACGCGACGAACCCAGCGGCAGCAGCGGAGCUAAUUGAUCUCAACUCUUUGAACCCGGCUGCGGUCGCAGAUAUUGAAGAUGGCUUGGAGAGCCCGCCAGGUGUCCGACUGCCUAAGGUGCUGGGCCGGGAGAGGAAGCCCUGUUCUCCGCGGCGGCAGUCAAACCAGCCUUUCCAAUCCAGUCAGGCAAGUCAGGGCUCAAACAACAGUAACAGCCCGUUUGGUAAGACUGUCGAGCACCCCAGUUCCACUGAGGGCACAGAGAUAGAGCGAGAGCGCAACGCGGUCCGCGAGCGUGAAUGGACGCGAGAUCCAGAGGCUGCAGCGCUUGAUCCUCGGACCCCCGUCGAGCGCUUUCGACGCCCGCCGAAUAAGGCGUUUUCCGUGACGGAUCUGGUGUCGCCCGCCUGGUGCGAGUUGCAAUACUGGUACACACUGACAAAACAUGGGAGGAAGAAGAGAACGCCGGCUAUGAAGAUGGGGAGUGUCGUGCACAAGACGCUGGAAGAUGAGAUCUAUACCACUGUCCCUGUGGAGAUCACCACGAAGGAAGAUGCUUGGGCACUCCGGAUAUGGAAUGUGAUACAGGGCCUGCGCAUGUUGCGUGAGUUUGGCAUUACGCGUGAAAUGGAGGUCUGGGGGCUUGUGGAUGGGGAGGUGGUCAAUGGAGUCAUCGACCAAUUGUCCUACGAAUGCCCGGACCCCGAGCUCGAGGCCACGGCUUCCAGUUACUACGCGGAGACUGCUGCGUCGAAGGCGGCCUUGCCGGAAUAUCAGAUGUCCUUGUCAGACUUUCUCCUGUCUCCGGCUGGGCGUGGUCGACGACUCGAAGAUCUUGCCCGGCCAGAACCCCAACCUCAGAAGGAAGAAGUGCCUGCGGCCGUGUACGAUCUGCCGCGAGUGUAUAUGACGGACGUGAAGACGAAGGCCAGUCGGUCCAUCCCGACAAUCAAGAGCACCGGGUUUCGUCCCACUCUUCUCCAGCUCCAGCUCUACUACCACAUGCUCAACCGCAUGAUCACCAGUGACGACGUCACGAUUGAAAUGCUUGCACAACGCUAUAAUCUCGACCCCGAACGUCCCUUCUCUGAAUCCUUUCUCUUAGAAGUGGGCGGGCUGAAUGACGAAUUCUUCGAUACUCCUACGUCCCAGGUAUUUGAUCUUGAUGAUAAUAUCACUACACCGGACGACGCACGGAAAAUCUCUCACAGCUCACCUCCGUCCAGUAGCCACGACUCUACCAGCAUCCUCAUGGCUCACAACAACCUCUCUCGCAUCUGGGGGUUUAUGAAGGACCAAAUCCGACUCACGUUUCUUCCCCCACCCACAUCCUCAAUAUCACCAUCCAUCCCCUCACUUUCUCAACCGACCAUGCUGGAAGAAUACCCAACUCUCCUAUCACCGAUCCUUACUGCCCGAUACCUUUCAUCUGCUCCUACAGACGACCUGCAGCCUCAACACCUCGGAAGCCGCUCCUUCCUGUUUGAUCCCACGACCAUGACGUCCUACCUGACUGAUCAGAUGGAGUGGUGGCGUGGUGAGCGUGAUCCGCGCGGUGUCGAUGUCAUGGAGGCGUGGAAAUGCCGCAUCUGCGAGUUUCGCGAUGACUGCUCCUGGCGUCAAGAACGGGAGUGGGCCUAUGCAAGACGGAAUCGAGCGAACUAA